CCUGGACCUGCGGUCAAGCCCAGCCGCGCACUCCGGAAGUUGAAGCGGAGGAUUGAGAAAGAAAACGCAAACCUUCCCUGCGUCGGGGGCGGCGAGCACGACGUCGAGGACGGCGGCGGGGAUGGCGAAAAAGACGAAGACUACAGUGCUCGCGACAUCGAGAUUUUGUGCAUUCUUCGUGCCUUGUUCUUUUUCGGCUACUACAUCCCGAUCCCAUCGAAGAAGGACACUCCGGAGCACCGGAUCAGGGCCGUCAGCUGGGUAAAGAAUUAUCCCUUCCAUGAGCCCGGAAUCGUCUUUCACACGUCGGGCACGACCGGGCGCCCCAAGCCGGUCAUGGUCACGAACCGGAAUAUCCUUUCGCACUUGCUGUAUCUACAGAAGAAAUUCCCGCUGCAAGCAAA